CCACCCCUUCUCUCCAGUCGCACGCAACCUCUCCUUUCCUCUCCAAUCUUUCUCGUUUUUCAUUCACAUCGGCAAGGGUUGCCGCCGCCGCGCUCACGCCCCAAAUUUUCUCCCCCACCCCCGAUCCCGCAGCGGCCGCCUCUGCUGCUCCUGCGCAUGGUCGCCGCCGCCUCUGCUGCUCCCGCGCGUGGUCGUCGCGGCCUCUCCUCCCACCUCAGCGUACAACCGCCUCAGCGCCUCUUCCUCUUCAUCUCAGAAGACGGCAUCGAGUGCGGCCGUCCCGUGCUCUCUUUCCCUCCCAGGUCGACCCAGGAGGAGCUCGAGCGGCAGAGCUGGUCCACGGCGCCGUCGUUGUUGGCAGGACCGUGAGCGCAGACACGGUCGGCUCCCUCCGGCUUUCGUGUCGCCGUCCAUCAACCCGUGAGGAAGAGAUAUAUUGAUGGCCAAGAACUCCUGGAGCACCCGCUCGGUUCAUCUCAUGUUCUCAUGCUCUCCUUUUUCUUCUGAUCUUAUGGAAGUUGUGCUAUGAUCAUAUAUCAUCUUCUACUCUGUACAUGUUUGUUCGAAUUCAUGAGGUUGCGAGAAUUAAGAAAAUUACAACACCAAUUCUAUUGUACUAAUCAAUGCGCUUAUGCUACUAUGCAGGUAUAUUCGCAGGUUAGUUGCAUGGAUAAGGCCUUCCCAACCGGGCACGCCCAAGAACGCCUCCUGCAGGAGGGCGCCGCCGCCGUCCCGACCAGCACUCCCCCGCCGUCCUACCACGCCCGGACUGCCACGGCAUCGUCGUACGGCGACUGCGGCAGGCUGGGCCGCAGGAGCAAGUGAGAUGGUCGAUGGGGAGACGGCCCCGCCUCUGAUGCAGCUGGAGACGCUGCUGGCGCUUGGCCUGGACCAGCGCAUGGCGGAGAACGCGCUGGUCAACAGCAAAGUCACCUAGCCUCCGUCAUAGCCAAGAACCAGGGCAAAUAUGGGAGCUCCAUCAAGGCUUUGGUGAGCAAACUGUGUCCUUGCUCAGCCUCUCUCAUGUUGAUUGGGCAUCUUGGAAUUUUAUUUUGGCAACUUGGCCAACUGGUCUUCCAACAAUCAGCAGUAGCAGAAAACAGAUGACACCUCCGAAAUGAACAUUCCAGAGGAUUUCGAUAACCGACCUUCAAAAAAAGCAAAAAUUUCUGAAUCAGGUGUUUUGGAGUCAUCACCAAUGUCACCAACUAUGUCAGCAUCUAAUCCAGUUUCUGAAUGUUUUGAAUCGAUUGUGCCUGAAUCAGAAAAUCAGAUAGAUCAUGAUCCAUUGCCAUCACCUUCUAGCUCGACAUUAACUCCUGUUUUAAUAUUACAUGAUGUCAAGGAACCAGAUCCAAAUAAAGGGAUCAAAGUUGAUGAGACAUAUGAUUAUCUCCCACAAGGUAUUUAUUUAUUUAUUAUGUAUACUUUCGUAUUUUAUAUAUUCUUAAAAAAAUUAUUUUAUGCAGACUAUACAUUGACCGACCAUGAUCUAUGUGCUCAUAUAGCAAUAGAAUCAUCUUUGAGUAAACAAUUGCUCGUGGAGAUAGAUGGAAGUUGUGUCUUGCAAAAUCAAUUGAUGUGCCUGCUAAAUGAAAAGGAGUGGAUAAAUGAUGAUGUGAUCAAUGCAUAUAUAUGUUGUAUAAAGGACCAAAUACAUCUCCAGAAUGAUAAUAAAGUAUAUUUUGAGAGUCCAUUUGUUACCUCACUAUUUAAACGAGAUGGCGAACUUGGAAUACAAAAAGAUAGUGCCUUCAUGACAGAGACUGUCGUCGAAUAUAUGCAACAUGACAUGAUUAAACUUCCAAUAAAUGCCAACAACACACAUUGGUAUUUAGCUGUUGUGAAUACAAAAAAACGUGAGGUUCAAGUACUGGAGUCAUUGUGCUGGGACUUUGACCGUGAUGAUCUCGCUCAUACGCUACGAGGAGUACAAUUUCAUUUGGACCUUCUUAAAAGUCAAAACUUGGUAAAAGACAAUUGGAAAGACGUUGAUCUCACUGAAUGGAAGAUCAUAGAACAAUUACAAAAGGCAAUUCAAACAGACAGUUCUUCAUGUGGUUUGUUUAUGAUCAAAUUUAUGGAAUAUUUCACCGGAUGUGCACUAUCUUACCCAAUUACACAGGAAAUGAUUACUUCAUUUAGGUUUAAGUUAGCCAGCAUACUAUUAUGUUGGAAAACAAACACUGCAGCAAGGACUACAAUCGUUGAAGAAAGUAACGAUGACACUAAUGGAGAUCCUGAUGAUGUUCAAAUAUUAGAAAGCCUAGAUGAUAUAAAAAUAUCAAAGAAAAAAAUCCCAUUAUCUGUUGAAAAUAAAUACAGAUCACUAAUAUCUAUUCUUUCUAAUAUGAGUGUACAUGAAUUAACAGCUGGACUCUGUAGCUUCAUUAAAUCAAUCAAUUACACUGAGAUUUUAGAGAAAGUAUGGAUCCAAAGUUCAAAGCCAUAUCCGAUUAGCUUGUCUCUCAGAAAACUACAAGAAAUGCUGAAGGAUGAUUUACCCAUGGACAAAGAUUGCUUUAAUUUGGUUGUACGGAAGAUUAUGUUUGAUGACAUCCAAACGGCACAAAAAACAAAACAUUCGAUAGCAAAACAUUAUCUCGACAUGAAAUUUUGGAUGACUACUGAUUUUGGACGGCACCCAGAAUUCCGUAAGAAGUUAGAUGCUGAACAACUAGCAAAUACUGUUCGUAAUUGGCCUGGUAUAAAAUAUAAUGUUUCAACAUGCAAAACGAUUCAUAUUCCAGUACAAUCCAACAGUGAUUUCAUUCUAUUCACAUUGGACAAAGAUACCAGAACUAUGUACAUUUUGGACCCUGCUCCUAUUAAUCCCAUGUACCGAUGGAACCCACUCGCAAAAUAUGUGCGCAAAAUUAUAUGGAUUGCAGAACACUUACAAAAGGCAAUGUCAAAAGCAUGCCCUGGGUCUAUAUGGAAUGAGGAUAUUCUCCUAUGGCAUCAAAAAAUCCUAGAUGAUAUUCCGGUUUACAACAGGGAACUGUCUGGUUAUGUUGUUCCUCUGUUCAUGUCCACAUGGGAAAAUGAAAGACCACAUUUGCCAAUUUUAAAGGAUGGAUAUGAACUCAGAAAAAUUAUUUUGGGCCAACUCCUAACAUUCAAGGACAAUGAAAGUGAAGAUAACAUGCCUGCCGGUGUACUUGAAUUCAUCAAUUGUAUCAGGAAAAUCCAAUCUAAAAGUGGACUUGCGUGCUAUUUCUGAAAACAGAAGCUUCUCUGUUGGCUGGCAUCUCUGGUAGUAGUUUUAGAUAAGUAGCAAAUGAACCAGUUGGGUCAAUUACAAAUAUUUGGCUGUAAAUGACUUUCAGUUUCUACCUUAUAAUGAAAUGUAGACAUGUACUCUUUAACAGUAUUGUGAUCUUGAUGGUGGUCUUAUGUAUUGGUUGAAAUUUCAUGAUGUUUUGCAGUGCUCUUAUUA